CCGUACGUCUCGUUCGUUGAUGAGCGAAACAUGUCAGAGUUGCAUAGACGGUCAGACACAGAGAAGUCUAAAGAAGGAGCAAAAACUGGAUUUUUUCAGCGUGGCCGAGAAUUAGAGAGUGUUUACGACAAUCACAGAUACAACGAUGAAGAGCGUGCAGUCCUUGCGGGUUAUGAGAGCUUAGACUACUUACCGCCUCACAGCACUGCAUACAAGCAUUGGUUGAGGAGACAGCCAAGGAGGUUGGAUUGGGAUCGUUGGGUGAUGAUGGGUUUAAUCGGCUUUUCUGUUGGCUUUGUUGGCUUUCUUUUGCACCAAGCAAUUGAUGCUAUUUCGGAUUACAAGUGGGACAAAGCAUCGCAAUACAUAGAGGAUGAAAACUAUGAAUUUGCUUGGGGUUUUGUGCUUCUCUUCAGUAUGGCUCUUGUUAUCGUCAGCAGUGCCAUCAUUGUGCUGUGUAGACCGUCAGCAGCAGCUUCUGGCCUUCCAGAGCUGAUUGGAUUUUUGAAUGGAACGGUUGUUAGGCACAUCUUUAAUAUCAAAACACUUGUAGCCAAGUUCUUUUCUUGUCUUGCUGCUGUCGCUUCAGGUCUACCUGUAGGUCCAGAAGGACCAAUGAUUCACAUGGGUUCUUUGAUUGGUGCUGGACUGAGUCAAAUGCGUUCUAAGACAUUAGGGUUUCAUUUACCAGUGUUUGGACGAUUUCGAAAUUCUGAAGACAGGAGAAACUUUAUUUCAGCAGGUGCAGGAGCUGGAAUUGCUUCAGCAUUUGGUGCUCCUGUCGGUGGGCUGUUAUUUUCUAUGGAAGAAGUUUCUUCUUUUUGGAACCAAAAGCUGACAUGGCAAAUAUUCUUUUGCUGCAUGAUUUCGACUUUUACAACUGAUCUAUUCAAUUCAGCAUUUUCAGGUUUCAAGUAUGAUGGAAAUUUUGGCUUGUUCAAGACUAGCAAGUACAUUCUGUUUGAGGUGGUUCGUGGCAUUCCAGUGAACAUACUUGUCUUUUUUCCAACUAUAAUUAUUGGUGUGCUUGGUGGUGUCUUCGGUGCAUUGUUUACAUUCUUGAAUGUCAAAAUUGCUCGUCUAAGACAGCUGCUGUUGAGCAAGGUGGCAUCACCGUUUGCUAAAGUGAUGAUGAAAAUGGGAGAGCCUGUACUCAUUAUUGUGAUAUAUGUUAGCGUUACAGUUUUCUUACCAAAGGCAUUUUUUUGCACUCCAUUUGAGUGUGGGUAUCCCAAAUCUGAUUACAGUCCUCGCUGCCUGACUGACUCUUUGGAUCCUCUUCACACUGAACCGACAGUUUAUCAUUAUGCUUGCCCUCAUGGAGUGAAGAAACGAGAAUUUGCAAUAAAUCACUCAUUAUCAGUUGCCGAGUGUUGCUCCAACAGCAGCCAGCUUUGCUAUUCAUUCAGCAACGGUUCAUUUAGUGAAGUUGCUACAUUGAUGUUUACUACUGGAGAAGAUGCUAUCAAGCAUUUGUUUUCUCGGCAGACUCACAAUGAAUUUGGUCUCGGAUCUCUAGCUGCAGUUUUGGUGAUUUAUUUUUUCCUAUCUUGUUGGUGUGCAGGAACUCAUAUUGCAAGUGGACUGGUUGUACCCAUGCUAUUUAUUGGUGCUCUGUACGGUCGUAUUGUAGGUAUUAUAAUGGUCAAGGCAUUUGGAAUUUAUUCUUUAACUGAAGAGGAUCAAUAUUGGGUGUGGAUUGACCCUGGAGCCUUUGCUCUUAUCGGUGCUGCCAGUUUCUUUGGAGGUGUGUCUCGACUUACUGUUUCACUUACUGUCAUCAUGGUUGAAUUAACAAACGAUGUCCAGUUUUUGUUACCCAUCAUGGUGACAAUCAUGGUAGCAAAGUGGAGUGGAGAUUUCAUCACACAUCCUAUCUACCAUGCUUUGCUGGAGCUCAAGUGCAUUCCAUUUUUGGAUGCCGAACCAGUCAUUAUUCGGAAAGAUCACGAUAGAUCAUCUUCUGGUGUGGUAAACUUGGAGUUAUAUUCUGCUGAGAAUGCCAUGUCAUUCCCAGUAAAGGUUGUCCAUGUUCACGAAAGUGUUGCCACAAUAGCAGAACUGUUGUCAACCACAUCACACGGAGGAUAUCCUGUAGUUCGACAAAUAGAAAAUGGUACUGAUGUAUUUGCAGGCCACAUCUCAAGGCACACACUUCAAAUAUUGUUGACUCACAACGACUUGUUUAAAUCACAAGGACUUUUGUUAUCUGAAGAACCUGAAAUUGUUCCAAUUGAUCUACGACAAGUUGUGUUUAGUGAUGGUAUCGUUUGCUUAUCUCGUGAUACGCUACAGUCGUACGUAGAUGAGCCAAGAUAUCAAACACUCUUCGUGGAUCUAGGGCCUUACCUUAAUCAAUCUGCUCCGUGCGUUCAAGUAAACUUUUCUCUGCAUAGAACGUACAUUCUUUUUCGAACACUCGGCCUCAGGCAUUUGGUUGUUGUAGAUGCAAUGAACAGAGUUGCUGGUGUCAUUUCUCGUAAGGAUUUGAUGGGGUUCUCACUAGAAGAGCGUUUGCAUACGUAUGAAGAAGAGCAACGCGAAAGAGAGGAAGAGAAAUCGGGCAUACGUAGCCAUGGAAACACAAGCUCUGUUGAAAUGGGAGAAAUGGGAUAACAGUGAUAUCAAUGUUUUUGUCUCUUUUGAUAUCAAUAUAUACAUGUAUGUGUCACCAAUGACUUCGAUAAUUAGUUGCCAAUAUCUUGAUAUGUCAAAAUGUAUAGUCGAUGAUCCGAGUAAGU